UCCGCAGCCUCGCGGGCACCAUUCCGUUCUAUACAUUACUAGAAUCCGAAUCAAACAACUGGCAUUAGUCUGAAUUUUGUCUCACCUGAACACUUUAUUCUGAAUACCUUAUUACUAUAACGGAAUAUUUAUUUAUAUCUAAGUAACUGCGGCUUCUGCGAGAUCUAGGCAGAGAUGUCAAGCAAUCGAAGAAGCACACAUUUCUGGAGCGAGGAAGAGACCGAUUUCCUUUUACAAACUUUAAAAGAGAUGAACAUAGACCGAUACAGAGACGGACGGAAGCACCGCAACAGUCUGAUCUUCAGGAAGGUUUGCGCUAGACAUAAGGAGGCAGGCUUUGCGCGCUCAUGUGAUCAAGUCAAACAUCGCUGGAAAACCCUCAAAUCCAUUUACUAUAAGGCCAAGAAACAAAAUACCAGCAGCUCUAAUGCGGCAUUUAAACAUUUUGAUACGAUGGAAGAAAUUUUUGGGCAUAGACCUUUGGUUGUUAUGGCAAAUCAAACCGAAGUUGAGAUCGACUUAAAAGACGAAUCCCCUUUGUCGGACAGCAAAUGCUUCACUUUUGAGGAUGGUGAAUGUGAUGAUGAUAAUGGAGUGGAUGACGUGGAAGGUGGAAUUCAAGAAGUCCAGUCAGUGAAAACGGAGAAUGAACCCCUCAUCCUCGCACAACCAUCUCAUGAGAGCUCCACCUCUACAGAAAGCUCCACACCCAACCAGCCAUUCACUUCUACAGACAGCAUCACAUCUACACAGCCAUCCACUUCCCAGCAGCCUCCUGCUCAAGGUAUGUUCAGACGCAGAAGGGCUUGUUGCACUGCACUGCACACCCAGUAUCAAGAUUUUCUUGAAAGAAUGCAGCAGACACAAAACACGUGGCUGGAGCGGCAACUGGAACAGAGCCAUGCACGAGAGGAACGUCUCAUUGCUAGAGUUCUAGCUGAACAUACUCGUUCUAUGGAGGCCUUAGUCAACCAGCUGUUUGCAGGGUUAAGAAGCCUCCUGCCCCAGUCCCAUCCCAACCUGCAGUCGAAUCCCCAGCCCGAUAUCCUCGAUACACACCCUGCAGAGCACUGGCAGCCUGUGCACCAGCCAACAUCAAGCAUGACUUCUCGACCAGAAGACGAUUCACAUGGCCACACAUCAGAGACUCUAAACCAGCCAUCAAAGUGAUUCAAAGAGUGAUUUAAAACCUGGUGUAUAUUGUUAAUAUUGAUGCAUUCUUAGAUUUCAUUUUGAGCAACUCUUGGACUGGUUUGUAAAACUUAAAGUAGCAAUCGAUUAUUUAUUUUACAUUAAGUUCAGAAGCCAUGUUGUUUUAUUUAGCUUACUGUGGUAUUGGUAGACAUAUUAGUUUAUGUUUAAAGGAUUUAUUGUUUUCUUUGUACCAGCUUCUGAAUGAAGUAUCUAUAUUCAGCCAUGAAUAAAGAGUCUCUGUCUAAUGUAAAUUAUCAGGAGCCAUGACAUGCUAUGUUUGUAAAAUAUGUUCUCAUGAGUCUUAUCUAUUAAUUUUAUGAAUUCUGAAGGAUCAUGUGACACCAAAGCCUGGAGAAAGGGCUGCUGAAAAUUCAGCUCUGCCAUCUUAGGGAUGAGUUACAUUUUGAAAUAUAUUAAAAUAGAACAUUAAAUUGUAAUAAUAUUUCACAUAUUGCUUGAAAUAUGAAUUGCUUAAACAGUUUUUACUGUAUUUUGAUCAAAUAAAUGCAACCUUGGUGAGCAGAA